UCAGUUGUCAUUGAUAAUUGUGACGACAUUGCUAUUUUUGUUUUGUUUUUCACAACUACUGGAAAUAUGUCGGACCUCUCGUAUCUGGAGACAAUCUCCAACAAGGAGCUGCUGGCCAAGUGCGUGGAACAUGGUCUGCCCAGUGUUCCGGUGACCGACAGCACUCGCGCUGUCAUCAUUCGUCGUUUGCGCGCCACCAUUUUGGGCUCGCCCUUGAACAAGCGCAAAACUGCUGUCUCGGCAACAAAGCAGCAGCCAGCGGCUCCUAGGCGUGAAACCAUACACGGCAGCAAGGUGACGCCUGCAGCGGAGAAUGUGAGACGCACAGCAGGUAAAAGUCCAAGCCGCAUUGCCAGCAGCAGCAUCAGCACCAACAACAACAACAGCAAGCAGAAUGAGCGCAGUCGUCGCACGGUUGCCCAUGGCUUGGACAAUACAUCCGACUCGGGGCGCUCUGUACAGACAACAACCACCGUCUCGGAUGUGGGCUCCCAGUCGGAGGACGAUGACUAUUAUGUUGUGGAUUCGCCAGUCGCCGCACGAUCCUCGAAUUUCCAGCAAACGUCUCCCAAGCGCGACGAUCUACGCCGGUCUUUGUCGUUGACCAAGUCUGGAGUGCUGACCACAUCGUACACGCGUGAGGUAGAGCAGCCGCACUAUGAUCGGCAGGAGGAGGACAUACCCAAAAGCCACAACUAUGAGCGUGCGCCCUUGAACACACUGCCCAGCUACGUGCCGCGCAUCGAUCCACCCUAUAGACGCCCCAUGAACCUGGAUCUGGCGGCUCUAUCCAGGACGCAGAACGUACAGACGCAGCUGAACUCGACCAGCUAUCAGGAGGAUUUAGGCUACAGCCAGUCGCAGUCCAUUCGUUCCCCACGGAACACAUUCAGCGGCUCGGCCAAGCCUUUUGGCGUAGCGGCUGCUAGUCAGCCCCGCCAGCGGCAGAGCGGGCCAACUGUUGGCUUUAGACAGCCACUCCAACCGAGGACACCCAUGAACACGCUCUAUCCGACACUGAACCAGUUCUACGAUGAACCGGACAACAACGCCCAACCCAUGGAAACCGACAGCGAAUCGGAGGCAGAAGAGCAGCCACAGCUGCGCAGCAGCCACCUCUCGCAUUUGCGCUCAUCGCCACUGGCACGUCCGCCACUGCCAUCCAGGCAGAAGCAAGUACAAGUCUCGCCCAUGGCACAGUUCCGUGAGCUAUUCCGCUCGCUGGAUCGUCAGUAUCAUCUCAAGUUUUACUUCCUCCUGUGUGUGACGGUGAUGGUGGCCACCAUGAUAUAUGUAGCCCUGUCGCCCGCUGUUUGAGGUGGAUCCUCUGCAUUUCGGACUCUUAAUAUUAUUAAUAAACAGAAAAAAACAAAAAAAAAGACUUGCAUUAAAAUGUUAAAACGGGAACUGGCAUUCGGAUCGAUCGAGAGAGGAAUUAAAAAUUUGUGCGGAUUUCGAUUUACGACACAGGAUACGGACAGGAUAGAGUUCAAUCGCCAAGUCUUUUAUUUCUUGCUUUGCUUAUGAUUUUCGCUUUAUACAUAAUUAGAAAAAUGUACUACAUUAUAAUUAUUUGUAUUAAAUAAACUAAUUAAAUGUAAGUGUU